AUGGAGCAGUCAAGCCUUCUGAUGUCGGCCAGAGUCCACUUUCUUGAAGUACAGCUUAGCCUCGUCCAUAUCCCUUUGGAGCAGUAUCAGCAUUACUUGCCUUCAGUCCUUCAGCUGCUGUUCCCUUCGGUCGCGGGUCCUAACGAGGAUGUACGCAACAGUGGAUCCUGGGCAAACAGUCAUGCUUUCUUGAACGUCUCUGUCACCUCCAUUGAAUGCUCCAUCGUCUGCGAAAAGGAUGUGGCCGAAGACCUGUUCAGACCAGCAAUAGAUCGGGCCUUAUCGUCACCCGGCGCCGAUGGUGAUCAGUAUGCUUCCAUCUCUGCGGAAGAUUUCGUUGUAAUCUCCGUAGAAGGAGCUGGCAUGGAGGCUGGGCAGAGAGUGUUAGAAUUGACAAGUCCUCUCGCUCUCGCUGGAAUUUCGCUAUUCUUCAUCACCACGUAUUAUUCCGACUUUAUCCUCGUCCCUGCAAAAGCCAAAAGCCAGGUCGUCCGUGCCCUGGAAAACCGUGGUUUUGCAUUCGAGAAGUCUUCAGAGUCGUAUGUCAACUCAUCUGCCCACCACCGGAACGCGUCCUCGAGCUCGUCCUUGAGCUCCGGAUUACCUUCGACUCCACCGCCUACCAACAUGACAGAGCUUCAGGCUCGCACCUUUGGAUUGCUCAAUCGCCACUCGAUCGUUCCAAUGGUACACUCUGAAAUCCGCCUUGUCCAAUGUGGAGGCCGAAACACCAACCCAGAGACAUUUGUGGCCGACGAACUAGCCCUUCAACACGGACUUACUAGGUGUCUCAUUCACCAGCCCAAAUUCGCGAGUGUGACCCUAACCAGAGAUGAAUCCGCUGGACUUCUUUUAGAGAAGCGACUUCUCCCUAAUUUUGACCUGCCGGGCUCUGAUAAUGUCUUACUCGGUGCUAGGGAAGACUAUCUCAUCCCAAUUGUCCUGAACCUGGAAUCGUUGCCAAUUGAAGCAAGUGGUAUCGUCUGUGGGGUUGCUGGGAGACUUGUGGACGGGCCCCUCCACCCGAUUGAGAUGACUUACCUUUCUACUGCCAAAGCUGGGACUGUUAUGGUGGACGAGUGUGACCUUGAUAGCGCAAUGCAGGCACUGAGGCUCGGCGUGAAUGGCGAAAUUCAGCCGUGA